AUGGUAGACGUGCCCGUCGAAAUAUGUAUCAAAGCGUCGAGUUUGCAACUUCCAUUAACCCCGCAAGCUACUGAUUUUAACAUUCAAUUUUUGGCUGUUACACCUUAUCAUAUAGAAUGUGCUAUGAGAAGAACAUCGGCAGUUAAUCCAGUGACAUAUGAUUGUUUGAAUACCUUUAUUCCCACAAUCACAACACAAAUAGUUUCAAUCCGAUUAUCCAACAAAGAUACACCACGUCAAAUCGAUUCGUUUUUUUCCUCAUUUUCUCUUAAAAACUUUAUCCGUUUGAAGUCAUUAACAUUGAUAAAUGUGACAUCAAACGAAACAAUGAAUAAAAUAUUAAUUAAUUUGCUAUUCGUGAAGGACUUGUCCCAUUUAUCAAUGAUUGAUUCGAAAUUUAUUACUAAUGAAAUAUAUGAAAAAGUGUGUAAAAUUAUAUUUGUUGAGAGAUAUUUUAAAUUCUUAACAAACUGUCAGUUAUCACAUUAUCAAUUACCGUCAACAACAACAUCAAUACCACUGUGCAACAUAAAGCAAUUGACGAUUCGUCUUCACUACUUUAAUGAUUUAGUAUUCUUACUUGAUCGAUGUCCUCAAAUUCAACAAUUAACAGCCAAAAUUUGCUAUAAGGCAUUUAUUACAGAAAAGAAAGAAAUUCCUGCAAUAUCGUCAGUAUCAAGUUUACAAUAUAUGAAUUUAUAUCUUGGUCAUCAUAUAUCAUUUAACAAAUUCGAAAAAUUAUGUGAAAAAGUACCAAAUAUUAAACAUUUAUCGUGUUCAGUAACUCAUUUGUCCUUCACGGAUGGCCAACGUUGGGAGAAUCUCAUAGCGACAUGUUUCCUCUCAUUGUCCGACUUUCAUUUGUUAUUUCAAUUUGGCGAUCCUGUUCCAUCUCAUGUCAAUAUUACAAAUAUAAUUGAGAAAUUUCAAACACGUUUUUGGUUAGAUAAAAAUUGGUAUUUCAUUUGUGAUUAUUGUCCCAAUACCCGAACAACAUUAGCAUUAUAUUCAAUACCAUACCAAAGUGAAGACAUUGCGCCUCUCAUAAAUACAUACAUAACCACUUCGUCGUUGACGAUGAUUUAUGAUAAAGUAGAAAUAUUAUUUUUAAAGUUUUCAGCAAUGAGGCAUUUGAAUACACAACGAAUAUAUCCAAAUGUUUCGACUCUCGUAUUGCUAAAUGAAGAUGAUAUGGGAGAACUUAUGACCAUACCGUUUGCUUCGACACCAUUCAUUUCUGACAUCGGAAAGAUCAUUGUGUGGGAAAACAUAAGAAAUUUAAAUUAUUUAUGUUAUAAUUACGAACUAUUGAUGGAUGUAUUCAAAUAUGCAACGAAUAUAACAUCACUUCAAUUGUUUUUCGACUACUUUAAGAAUACAUUAAACGACGAAAACACCUUAUUCAUUAACAUAAAAAAAUUGGAACUAAUCAAUAGUGAUUUUGAGGUGACUGCAAUUGAAAAGUUAUCUAAAUUAUUUCUACAACUUGAAUAUUUGGCAAUAGAAAUUGAAGAGGACUACGCACUCUAUACAAUUUUACCGUUAUUAGUUACGCAUGUUAGUAAUAUGAGUUAUCUGUCUAUUCGCAUUUACUCAACAGAACACUGGGAACAGGAAAUUGAAUGUUGGUUAACAUCGAAUAUACUCUUCAAUAAUUUUUAUGUUGAUUUCGAUACAUGUUGCUUAAGACUGUGGUGUAAAUGA